GGUGACAUUGUUUCCUAAAGACACGCCACUCAGCAUGAAUGAACGUUGAUGGUCGAGUUACAUUUAUGGAAAAUUAGAAGUUUCGAGGACGCAUAACCUUCAAAACUAUAGCGAAUUAAGUCAACGUGCACUCUCCAAUUACUAGUCGCGACCUCAAUUGCGGUUGUGCGCGCAAUAACCAUUGCGAAUAUUGUAUAGUCACUGUUUGACCCAUCUCUACCUUGAUCGGAACCGCUUGCGAAAAGCAACCCAGUCUCCGAAGGCAAGGGUCCCGUAGAGCCUUCAGACUUCUCGCCUUCUUCUCGACCCUGUACGCCACCCGCGCAGAUCGGUCUGAACUCAUUCAGUGCACUCGCCCACGGAGAUCAGGCUCGGGCGGCAUCUCUAGCCAAAAUACAGAGUACGCCUGUCGGAGUCGGGACCGCCGCUUGGGUAGAAACGCCCCACACAAGAGCUCAAGUCAAGACACCGCUACGCAAGGACAUGGAUAGUGCAAGACUCGUAGACUUGGAUACUUGGGCAGAAGCCGUCUUUGGCUAUCCUGUUGAGACCAUCCAGGCAUGGACAGAUGUCAUGAUCGAGAAGAAGAUCGCUCUCGACAAUGUUGUUUCGAACGCUGUCACCAGGUUCAUGAAUGCCGGAGAAUUUGGCAAGCAUGAGGACGAGCUCUAUGCACCAUUCUGCGAAAUGGCUAAUAGGGUUCUACAAAAGGCUCACGAAAUCAUACCCGACCUUCCAGCGUAUCCUGUUCCCGACCUACGCUUUUGUCGAAAUGCGCCUGUAUACAUAGGUGCUUGUAGCCAAGGCGAUGCUUCACGCUCGCCGGACAUCGUUCUCGUUUCAGAGGCUACUCUGCGCGAUCUCAAGAGCAGGAAGAAGUACACGAAGACGAAGGGGCAGAAGUAUCCUACCACUGGGAUUGACUGGUGUGAUCUGUUUAGCAUCUGGGAGAUGAAGUCCUUCAACGCUUGGAAUUUGAAGGAUUACAUGGCGCGGCUCCGGCUUGACUGGGACACGAAGCUUACGAGAAGGAGAUCUGAGGCACAUGCCUCCACAUCGGGCGACUUAUACAGAGGUCCCGAUCCGGCUCAGAUGUACAGAGUCGUUGGGCCUCUAUCUGAGCCAGGCCCAGAAGACAACCCUCUGAAACGUGACUAUCCGGACUUCAAUAGUGCAGAUAAUACUCGUCCGCCUAAACGACUGAGGAUGCUGCCUCCCGAAUCCGUACCGCUCGUUCUCGAGACCGAGGGCGAGUUUCUUGCAUCCAAGAAACUUCCCGUUCCGGAAGCGUAUGAAGACCAGAUGGCUACCUAUGCUCUGGAGAUGCUAUCUUCUACUCGCGGCACCCGUCUGCACUUCUUUCAGUGUCUGGUGAUGGGUGAUAUCGUCGAAUUCUGGUACUCCGAUGCUUCUGGCAUCGUGCGUUCUCACCAGAUAUCUUGGAUUCGAGAGUUUGAGAAGUUCGCUGCACUCCUCGUCGCCAUGGCUUGUUGCAACCACUCGCAUUUCGGCAUGAUAAUUCCCAACUUGUCCCCUCCCGCUGAAGGUUCCAACCCAUCUCUCCCGGCGGCGUCCCUCACUGGAUACUCGACCACAAUGAAAGAUCCGACGCUAGGCAUUGGUGUCAAGGUAACGCUCGGAUGUGAAAUCUUCACGCAGUAUAGUCUGAUUGGGCGCAAAACCUGCGUAUACGACGUCACGACCGAGCCACCUAUCAGUGACGAGCCUCUGGUUAUCAAGAUGUCACUUCAAUCUGUCUGUCGGACACCGGAACAAGAUCUGCUAGCUCUCGCCGAAGGCUUUUCAGUAUCGGAACAUCUCCCCAAGGUCUAUCUGUGGACUGACAGGGCAACGGAAUGGCGAUUGUCGGACGGUGUUCGAGGGAGGAUGUUCAAGAGGAACGAUGAGGACAAGGAAUAUGAGGAACGGUGUCAACGAUUCAUCAUUUUCAAGAAGUACAAGCAACUCGAGACGGUGCUUUCUCCGCAGAAUAUGGACCACGUCUUCAACCAACUACUGGACUGUCUUCACGACUUACACCGUCAGUUACACAUGCUCCAUCGGGACGUGAGCUUGAGCAAUCUCAUGUAUGAGAUGCGUGAAGGUCUAGUCUGGCUCAUUUUGAAUGACUUUGAUCUUGCGGUCGUGAUCAAGAAGGAUGGGCCACCUAGAGGCUCGACUGGGCGUCACCGGACUGGCACGCUUCCAUUCAUGGCUGUCGAUCUUAUAGAGGAUCCCAAUAUGCCACAUUACCUUCGGCAUGAUUUGGAGAGCGUGUUUUUCGUUGCGCUUUGGUGUACUAUAAAACCACUGACUGGCGCAAAGUCCAAAGCGAAACACCCAAAGAGUCUAUCGACCUGGGAACAAGAUGGACUCGACGUUAUACGAAAGACCAAGCGAGAUUUCUACUCCAGCAAAAAUAGCUUCACAAGCUUCAUCACUAAGGAAGCCUCCAUUGUUCCAACAUUCUCUCGGUACCAGAAAUGGCUUCUUGAAUUUUGGAAGGUGCUCUUUCAGGGCUAUCAAGCUAAGGCUGCCUAUCAGAGUGCGCUCGACGAAACUAACAUGGACCUCAAGGAUGGUGUAAUUACAAAGGAGGAAGCUGAGGAGGUGAAGUUUGACAUGGAGACCUUUGACGACACGAUCACGUACUUCAGGGUCAAAGCUGCUUUGCGAGGAUGUAAGAAACGGUUAAUGGAUGGCAUUCCACAUUUUUUAUCCUAGCAUGGACAGGCUCAGUGGCGACAGUGCGUGUAUUCACUUUAGAUCGAUGGACCCCCUUCAUGUUUUUAUGAAACUAUUUAUUUGCACAAUUACCCCUCCAUAUAUUAUGACCAUGUGUAUCGUCACUGC